ACCUUUUGACGUGAUCGUCACCAUAACCAAACUGGUGGGGAUAUUUUCAACCACAUUUGCCCGAUCGUCACGUUCACGCUACAGCGUUUCCGCAGGUGAAAAUGAAAUCACCGCGAUGACGUCAUCCGUCACGCGACGCCAUCACCAAACAUGGCGGACGAAGAGAACACAAACACGGGGGAAAAUAACGAAAAGAACAAACCUCUGCGCAGCGCAGUCAAGCCGCUCGUCGACGGGGUCGCCCAGAGAAUAGGCCACCGGAACAACGGCGAAGGCCCAAAAGACGCCGCCGAAAGCUGCACGACAACGGAGUACUGCGACAGGCUGCAGGGGUGGAUGUGGCAGUACUACGCCGGACAUGUCAACUGGCACAGCUGGAUGAGCGCGUCGGCCAUGUCCUACCCGUACUGUCUGCAGCCGGACGGUGGGACGCCGCUCGACGUUCACUUCCAGCACUGGCACGACGGCGCCUUCGGUCCUCCGCGGUCGACCUACCGGGCCGCGGGCCCCCCGCGGUCGGGUGAAGCCGCAGGCGGGGCUGCAGGUGUCGCUCAGCAGCAGAAUGGAGACGCACAGAGACCAGGUCGAGAAUAUAUAAUUCCUUCACCUUUCCAAAGACUCCUGGCUGAGAUUGUGGAUUUCUUCAUACUGUUUUUCAUCAAAGCAACCAUAAUCAUCACUAUUAUGCACCUGAGUGGAAUCAAGGAUGUUUCCAAAUUUGCCAUGCAUUUCAUAGUGGAGGAAAUAGACGAGGACACGUCAAUGGAGGAGCUACAGAAAAUGAUGCUCGUUGCACUUGUGUAUCGGAUGUUAGUUUGUUUUUAUGAGAUUGUGUGCAUUUGGGGAGCAGGAGGAGCCACUCCGGGGAAGUUUCUCGUUGGACUCCGAGUCGUCAGAUGUGACUCAUCGGUUCUGGUUCAACCUAACAGGGUGCUCAUCGUGCCAGCAACUAAUGUCUCUCUGUCAGCAUCAACGGUCCGAGCCUUGAACAAGAACUUUUCAAUUGCCUUCUUUUUCCCGGCCUUCAUCACCCUUCUGUUCUUUCAGCACAACAGGACUGUGUAUGAUAUGGUAGCGGGUACGAUUGUGGUCAAGCGCCCCAGGAUCAGAUGACGCAGAAGAACCCAGGUGAGGGUCUCUACGAAAAUACUGAGGAAGCGCUGCACGUGGACCUCAGACAUAAGCAUUUCUAAGGUAUUGUCAGAACUGAGGAGAUUGCUCAGAUGGUUGCAGACAUUUUGAUGCAAAUCCGAAAGAACAAUUUCAGUUCCCUACAACUUGUAGUUGGUUUGUUUUGGACACGUACUGUAUUUCUGCAUGUUUUUCUACAUGCUACUUUCAGAAACAGUUUCUGUGCCAAAUCGAUGCCUCCUUCGAAGACAGGAACAAAGAUGGUGUGUGGCACCAUUUCAUUAACACAACAUUUGCCUCUUUUUAAACACUAAACUCAUGGAUAGUCUGCCGUAUUAAUCAGUAUUGAAGUUGCUAUUUAUACCUUCAGUAUGUCUUUGUAUUAAAAUAUUGUCUACAGAAUUAUAUACUCAGACUUUGUACUUUUGAGUGUGCACAAGUGAUGCCUCAUUAGAAAACAGCAUGUGUGACUAAACAGUUAAAAGUAUGACACAUUUUGUGUAAUUUAACUUUUUUUUUUUUUUGCAUUUAGGAAGAUUAAAUGAAAUCACCACUAUUUCGUUGCAUGUUUGAGGUGUGUCUUCUAGCAGCUUGUCUCCUGUUUGAUAAUCCGUACAAUCUUUUGAUACAAAAUAAGUGGCCUCAUGUGUAAAGGUUGUAUUGACUCUUUAUUGUGCAAUUAUAUUUGCCUCGUAAUUGGUAUAUUCGGUUCACAUUCGAGCUAUAGUUUCACGUUGUACGUUAACACCUUGGUAGGAAAACCAUUCACAUACCAUAAAAAGUGGAAGAACAAAUAUGUGCAGAAUCUGCCAUGCGGGGCGGGAAUGGUGACUGAACAGUUUGGUGAGUGACACCAAAUGUCAAUAAUAAACCUUUGGCAGCUUGGACUGAUAUUUUUUUAUUAAAAAAAAAAAAGGUAUGUACAUUUGUUUCAAAGCUAUUGUAUCAUAAAUGUAAAUGUGCAUUGAAGCUUCUCUGGAAACUUGUGGCACCGACUGCUUAAGAUGUAAUGAUGUAGCGUGAUGGAUUUUCAUUUGCUUUACCACCCACAGGCUUUCUAUAAGUAUUCCACGGUAGGUUUGAGCAUUUGAACAAAACUCUUACUCCCUCAGAGCUUGUGAAUAAACUCCACUCCCGAUUUAUUUAA